AGAUGGAGACAGACGGAGAUGUGCUCCCAAUGUCGAACGCCUUCAAAUUAUUGUGCGAAGACACCGCUCCAAAAUCCAACAAAAAACUCAUCGAAAAGCAGCGUCAAAUCGCUCAAAAAAUAAAAAAUGUGCUGGAAACCUCGAAGAAUGGCCCGAAAAUUCAGUACAAAAAUCUCGAUUUCUGGACAGAAUUCGACGUUAAACAUCCUCUGCAUCAUCUUCAAAAGGCUGUGGAUGCCACGUCGUCGAGUAUUCCGGAAUUUCAGUGGACACCGCCGAAAAGCAUCGUUAUCACUGAAAAAGGGCAACAAAUUUUCAUUGAAAUUCCGCCAAAAGCUCUCGGAAAUCGCGAUUUUCUCAAUUUGACCUACGCGGCGAAGCGGGGACAUUUCGCGUGCCACGUGGCGCGGCUUCUGAGCGGAAAAUUCGAAAAAGUCGAGUUCACAGCCGGUGGAGCCCACAGAGAUGACCCAAUUUUCGCGGAUAUUCUUGUCGAUGGAGUUCGAAUUGGAUUUUACUGCCCGGAGCUUGCGAAAACCAAGAGAUUUGCUCCAAAUAUCGGAAAUUUGAGGCCCGCCACCAUUUUUGAGGAUCUUUUUAAAGAAACCGAAAUCGCUACGCCAAAAUUCAAUCAACGAAUGUUGUGGUCAAUUCUCGAGUUGGAAAUUGCUCAAGAGAUGGAAAAGGAGCUUAAAGCCCAAAAGACCGCCCGUCUCGCGAUUUUCCUUCUCGGCAACUUUUUCGAGAAUCGUCAUCUCCAGCACGCGAUAACUCCGAUUAUUCUGACCGCCCGUGUCGUUAGACUCGUUAAAAAUGGAAAAAUCACCGAAAAUCAAGAGAUUUUGACGGUUUUACGUGUGAUAUUCGAGGAUUUUAUCACCUGGUCCGCUGACGACGUGGAAUUCGUGGAUUCGGUGGAAGAUGACGUUGAUGUUGAAGAGUAUUCUCAGCUUUUCGAUGUGAAUCUCGUGUGGAAAAAUUUGAAUUUGGCGUCAAAUUUGACGAAAAAUUACAUGGAACGGAUGAAAAAGGAGCUCACGAUCUGCUAUCCACUCCUGGGACAAGUCUACGCGUUCGAUCCGAUUUUUAUUGAAAAAUUGCCGGUUUUUGCGCAUUACGACCAUGUUGCAAGACUUCACAUCAACAUUUCCCAACUCGCCGAGCAUCUCGUCGAAUUCGGAAUCGAUUCAAUCGAUAAUCGUGACGUCAUCCACAAGUUCGUGCUCAGUUUUGAGCACAAAAUCGAGCAAACCAUGUCGGAGCGAUACGAUUUCGUCGGAAUCCACGACAUUUCCAGCAACGCCGAGAAGUCCACGUGGAGUCUGUCGGAAUAUCCGGAGAAAUAUCGGCAAAAGACGUACCUGAUUGGGUUCAGAAGUACCUCUGGUUGGAAGAAUCCGUUGACUGUUGGACCACCGGCACAGACGAAUGAUGCGAAAGAAUUCCGUGAACUUUGGAAAGAAACGAGCGAGCUCCGUAAAUUCGCCGACACCCGAAUCUGCGAGUGUGUAGUCUGGUCGGAAAAGCCGUCGGAAAAAGUGCCACGUGCAGUUUUGCAGUUUGUGCUCCAAAAAAUGUUCUCCCUUCCCGCCACGUGUUUUUCCUGGAGAGCUCUGACGUCAUCAUCCACGUCAGCAGAAGCCGAUCAGCAGCACGAGAAAAAGAGCCAGGAGGCGGUUUUCAAGGCCUAUACCGACCUGAGCACAGUGCUCCGAGGGCUUAAAGGCCUGCCGCUUAUGAUCACGAAUGUGCAUGGAAUUAGUGGAUAUUUGAGGGGAUCCGAGCCCGCCUACCCAUCCGUCUUCGCUGCCACGUCAUCAACGAACAAGUCGUCUGAAGAUCAGCACUACGUACUUCCGGAAAUUGGAAAAAUUCCACUUUUCACGCCGACUGUCACUGUUCACAUCAAGCUGGAAUAUUCGGGAAAAUGGGGAAAUGACGUGGAGGCGAUCAGGCGAUUAACCUCGUCGUUCUAUGUUAAAAUCGCCGAGCGGCUCCGCGAGCAGCACAAGCUCACUGCAGUCCCAACAAUCGAUCAACUUUUCAUUCUGAAAUCUGGAAUUGUCUUUAAAAUCGUCGUCGUCAACGAUCGAAUUCUGACGAUUUUGGAAGAAGACGUGCAGAAAUUAAAGGAUUCUGGAGCAUCGAGAAUCGAGAGCUCAAUUCAGGGAAUGAGGUUGUCGAUGUGGAAGAAAAAAUUCAUCUCCGAGCCACUCCUUCAGCUGUCACUUCAAUCGUUUUCGACGAGUCACAAGUUUUUCGGAUCUACAGUUCAGUUAUUCAAAAAAUGGCUCGGUUCGAAAUUCCUCUCCGGACACCACCUCAACGAUCAUAUUAUUGAGCUUCUCGUCGUCGCGGCGAUCGGGAAGAAGGGACAAGUACCGCCACAAUCAACUUGGUCUUCAUUUUGCCGUCUCCUCUCGUUAAUCUCCACACAUCCAUGGUCCGCGAGACCCCUUAUCGUUGAUUUUGGAACCAAAGGAUUCUCAGAAGAUGAACGUUCGAAACUCGAAGAAAAGUUUAUCAAAAUGCGUCCGAUCCUUCCGCCGAUGGUUGUAAUAUACGAGGAAGAUCAUCUUGGAUCGAAAUUUACCCGUGAAAAUCCACAGGGAAUUGUCCUGAAUCGACUUGUAGCGGUGGCUCGUGAAGCGCUCAAAAUGAUGGAGAAACAGGCUUUUGGGGAGAAAUCCAUUGAGAUGGAGACAUCCCUCCUGACUGAAAACCUCUCUCCAUACGACGCAAUUAUUAAUCUUGAACCGUGUGCUGUGGUCCGAAAGAAGGCUCUAAUGGAAAGAAAACCGCCGGCCGAAACAUCGAAAUUCCGGCAAAAGAUUCCAGUUGUCGAGUUGGAUCCGGUUGAUGAGCUCGUUUAUCAGCUGAAUAAUAGUUUUCAGCAGGUUGCCAUGUUCUUCUACAACAAGUACGGUGGUCACCAUAUUGGUGUAAUGUUCAAACCACAGGAGGAUGAGGUUCCGGCGAAGAUCUCCCGCUGCUCACUCCACAAAUCAGUAUCCGACUCGACGCUCCGUCUCAAUCGGGAUGAAAUUCUGGAGAAUAUUCAAAUUUUGGGUCAGGGAAUCGUUUCGGAUGUUCAGUUGAAGAAGCAGUAGUGGUCUGCUAGACUACAAACUACAAUUCGAUUUUUAUUUUGUUGUUCUUGUUGUUUUUUUGUUACUGUUACGCCCCCACUACAAUUGUUUUUCAACGUUUUUUUUUGUUAUUCGAUUUUUUUUUAAUUCAUAAAUACUAUUAAAAGUCAA